AUGUCCAAUCCUAUUCCUAAUGACUCCCUCAUUAGAGAGAUAAACUCUAAACUCCUAAAGACUUACAAGGAUGAAGAGAACUUUUGGAGACAAAGAAGUAGGCAAUUAUGGCUAUCUCUAGGAGAUGCAAAUACUGGUUAUUUUCAUGCAUCUACCAAAGGAAGAAAAGCAAAGAAUAGACUGACGGUGCUGGAAGAUGAGGAUGGACUACCUUGUUAUGAAGAGGAACACAUAUCAGAGGUAUUAUGCAAGUACUACUCCCAGCUCUUCACUUCGAUACCCGCAAAAGGAAAUAACACAGUCCAGGAAGCCCUCGCCCCCUGCAUUACUGAUAAGAAGAAUGAGACUCUAAUCCAACUACCAUCUAGUAAGGAGAUUAAGGUAGCGACCUUUGCGAUCCAUCCGGACAAAGCACCUGGCCCAGAUGGUUUCUCUGCUGCUUUCUUCCAGUCUAACUGGGAGGUAACAGGACCAGCCAUAACCCAAGAAAUCCAGCAGUUCUUCUCCACGGGAAUCCUGGCAAAGUCAAUAAACCACACUUACGUCAGACUAAUCCCCAAGAACUUGGAUGCAAAAAGAGCAGAAGACUUUCGACCUAUUGCCUUAUGUAACAUCUAUUAUAAGAUCAUCUCCAAACUGCUUUCUCUACGGCUGAAAAAGGUGCUAAGUCCUAUUAUCUCCGAAAACCAGUAUGCUUUCAUUCCGGGAAGAUCAAUUACAGAUAAUGUUCUGAUUACUCAUGAAGUUCUGCAGUAUCUAAAAACUUCCACAGCAACUCUACAAUGUUCUAUGGCAGUCAAGACUGAUAUGUCUAAAGCCUAUGAUAGGAUUGAAUGGAACUUUGUUGAGCAAGUGUUGACAAGGCUAGGCUUUCACAGCAAAUGGGUUGGGUGGAUUAUGGAAUGCAUUUCGACUGUAUCCUAUUCCUACCUCAUCAAUGAUAAUGUCUAUGGUCUAGUUAAACCUAGUAGAGGAAUCAAACAGGGAGACCCUUUAUCCCCUUAUAUUUUCAUCCUAUGUGGGGAAGUUCUAUCCGGUUUAUGCAAGAAGGCAGCGAGAGAAGGCUCUCUAGAGGGGAUUAGAGUAGCAAGAGGUUGUCCAAGAAUUAAUCACCUAUUAUUUGCAGACGACACAAUGUUCUUCUGCUCUGCUUCAGCGAACUCUUGUAAGGCCCUUCAGAGAAUUCUCACACUGUAUGAAGAAGCAUCAGGCCAACAAAUAAACAAGAGUAAAUCAGCGGUUACAUUCUCAAAGAAAACUCCUGUGGAGAUGAAGGAAGAAGCCAAAGCAAUUCUUGGAAUUCAUAAAGAGGGAGGAGAAGGAAAGUAUCUUGGAGUACCAGAACACUUUGGACGGAAGAAGCGAGACCUGUUUACAUCCAUUGUAGAUAGGAUCCGUCAAAGAGCGGUAAGCUGGUCAUCCCGCUGUCUCUCGAGAGCUGGAAAGCUGACAAUGCUGAAGUCGGUUCUCACUGCAAUCCCGACCUACACAAUGUCAUGUUUUGAACUGCCAGUUAGCUUGUGUAAGAGAAUUCAAUCGGCAUUAACUCGUUUCUGGUGGGAUGGACCAGACAACAAGAGAAAAAUGAGUUGGGUAGCAUGGAGCAGAUUAACGAAAUCAAAAGCAGAGGGAGGCCUAGGUCUCAGAGAUAUUCAGCUAUUUAAUCAAGCCCUUCUAGCUAAGAUUGCAUGGAGAAUCAUCACAGUACCAGACUGUCUACUUGCAAGAGUCCUCAAGGGGAAGUAUUGUCACAAACAAAGCUUUCUAGAGGUGGAGCUACCCUCAGUAAGUUCUCAUGGCUGGAGGGGAAUCCUACAUGGCAGGAACCUACUACGCGAACAUCUAGGCAGGGCUAUAGGAAAUGGCUUAUCUACAAAGGUUUGGAAAGACUCAUGGAUUUCGCUAGAUGAAAACAUUAAACCUUUUGGACCUAUUCAGGAAGAAGCUCUAGAUCUUCGUGUAUCUGAUUUACUUACGGAUGAUCUCAAGUGGAACAAGCAGAGAAUUGAAAGAUUCUUACCUGGAUUCACUGAUCAGAUUCAAUGCCUAAAACCCAGCCAGAGAGGAGUAGAGGACAGCUACGUUUGGCAACCGCUUCCUUCAGGAGUAUAUUCUACACGAUCAGGGUACAAUGCUAUGAGUAGUCCACUUCAAAACCGUCACACCAACAGACCAGAGAUUGAAUUUGAUUGGAUAAAAGAUGUUUGGUCUACCUGCUGUUCACCCAAGAUGAAAGCUUUCCUUUGGUCGAUUCUCCAAGAUGCCCUGCCACUGGGAGAAAAUCUCCAAAGAAGAGGAGUCACCACAGAAGUCAAAUGCCCUCGGUGCAAGAGUAUUGAAUCUCCUAUCCAUAUUUUCUUCCUGUGUCCGUUUGCACAAAAGAUCUGGAGCAGAAUCCCGCUAAAAGAAACAGUUCACAUAGCUGUCACAGACACUUUCAAAACUGCAGUGGUCCGGUUCCGAUCAGCCAUAUGCCUACCGCCAAGUGGAGUCUCACACAAUAUCAUCUCGUGGGUGUGUUGGACUAUCUGGAAGGACCGCAAUUCGCUCAUCUUCGAAGGCAAGGGCGAUCUCCCUGAAAACUUAGCAACAAAGAGUAUAGCUUUAGCACGAGAGUGGAGUGAAGCACAAGUAUCGACAGCUAAAAGUCAAAAGACUUACUCUCCACCACUGAACGAUAGACUCAACGAAGUGCCACAUCCCAAUAUCGCGGUUUGUAUGUCGGACGCAACGUGGGAAGCUACCCGAUUCAGAGCCGGACUUGCAUGGGUAAUCAAGGGAGAGUCGACAUCGGAGGUUAGGAGAGGAUCAUCGGUACAGGACUUUGUCAAUUCACCUCUAGUCGGGGAGGCGCUGGCGAUCAGAAAAGGUCUAUUCAUGGCGGCGAAUCAAGGGAUCUCGAAUCUCUGGUGCUGCUCAGACAACUUAACGCUCAUUAGAGCAAUUACUCACAAAAUACAGAGGAAGGAGCUACAAGGAAUCAUCAAAGACAUUCACAAUCUUUCCUCUGCUUUUGUUUCUUUAGAUUUUUUUCAUGUCUCGAGAGAGAACAAUGAGGAGGCAGAUGCAUUAGCAAAGGCCGUACUCAGAAACUCUCAUUUGUAA